AUGCUACAACCAUCAAAACCACAACCAUCUGUAGAAAGUUCAUCUCAAAAUACUUCUCAAAAUUCAUUAGCCAAGGCCUCGUCCAAAAAGGUAACUGUGGAACAAGACAAGAAGAUUGAAAGAGUAGCGAAAAAAGAAGCAGUUGAGAAGGAAAUCAAAGUAGAUAAAAAAAUUGUCAAGAAUGACCCCAAACCUUCGACAAAUGUGAACCCAAAUCAUAAUCAAAAAUCAACUGAGCAAGAAGUCACCACUGCUAAUUCUGCACCAAUAAAACCAGAUGACCAAUGUGGUACUGCCGAGAACCUUAAACCAGAAGACCAUAAAGGUGUAAUUGCAACGAGUGCACCGGGAGAAUCAGAAGACCAUAAAGGUAUUGCUGCGACAACUUCACUGGGAGAAUCAGCAGAUCAAAAAGGGGACAUUAUUACUGCUGUACCUGCAGAUCAGAAAGGUACCUCUGACACAACUGCACCUGCGGUGCUGAUAGAGUCUGCUCAAAAUCAUAAGCUACCAAUAGCUGAAAGUAGCAUAAAUAUUGUUGAAGAGAGCACAUAUAUAACAAUACUGGAAAAUUCUGAGGAUGACGGAAGUGAUGACGAUAAUGAGCAAAGCGAUAAUGAAAAAAAAAGUGGCUUCUUCUCUGUACGGUCUACUAGUGAUCAGCAGAGCAUCGAUGGAAACACAGAAAAUGAUGAUGAAGAAAGCUAUUUCACACUUGCUUCAGCAGAUAUAAAUAGUAUUACUGAUAAUAACUGA